UUUUAUGUUAAAACUUUUGUUAAUUAUAAUUUUGUAAGAAAAAGAAAAGAAAGGAGAUUGGAGGAGAGAAAGCAUAUGAUGAAGAGGUGACACCACACGACCGUGUCUAAUUUCUCGGCUUUUAUGACGGAGCAUUGUCCGGCCCGGUUCAUCUCGCCGGAUCCUUUCCACGCUCCCACUCUCUUUCUCUCACUAUAUAAAUAUAUACAUUUCAACAAAUACUUCUAUUACAAAUCCCAAUUCAUCAUCUGAAAGGAUCGAGAUCCAAGGCUGUUGGGACACAAAUUCCCGUCUUUUUCUUCAAAUCUGCAAAAAUGCCCGCCGGAACUCUUGAAGUUCUUCUUGUUUCCGCCAAGGGCCUUGAAAACACAGAUUACCUCUGUAACAUGGAUCCCUAUGUUACUCUUACUUGCCGCUCACAGGAGCAGAAAAGCAGCGUCGCAUCAGGAAAGGGAUCUGACCCUGAAUGGAAUGAGACUUUUUUAUUCACCAUAUCUGAGGGUGCAGAAGAACUUAUCCUGAAGAUAUCGGACAGCGAUACUGGCACGCAAGAUGACUUUGUUGGUCAAGUAAAAAUUCCACUGGAACCUGUAUACCUUGAAGGAAGCCUCCCAGAAACAGCAUACAACGUGGUUAAGGAUGAAGAAUACCGUGGAGAGAUCAAAAUUCGCCUUAAAUUUUCUCCUGAGGAAAGGACUGAAAGAAAUUUUCAAGUGGAAGAAACUUAUGGUGGAUGGAAGCAGUCUUCAUUCGCAGAUUGAGAACCACCACCACUCAAUGAUUGUUAUUUGUAUGGUUUGAGAGAAUUCGUAUCCUAUUUAUGUUCAGAGAUUAGAACUUUGUUAUGUAAAGAACUGCUUUGAUGUUGAUGGCUGGUCUUUUGCUUAUGCUUAGAUGUUUGGAAUGAACUCUUGAAUGGAAUCAACAAUGUACUUUGUAUUCAAGAGUGAUGAGACUCACCACUCGUUCUAUACAUGUGUGCUUUAAACAAUGUACUUCGUAUUCAA